AUGAAAGCAAUCAUAGCCUGCAUUUUACUUAUUGCUUCCUUCGCUUCCCUCUCCCACUCUCAACCUCUCUCUAGAAGUUCGAGAUGGAUUAUAGACGAAGAAAGUGGUGAAAGAGUGAAGCUGGCCUGUGCUAAUUGGCCAGGCCACUUGAAGCCCAUGUUGCCUGAGGGUCUUGACAAGAGACCAUUAAGCGAGAUUGCCUCCCACAUCGCAAACAUGGGCUUCAACUGUGUGAGGAUGACAUGGGCAACUUACAUGUUCACCAGGCAUGCCAAUAUGACCGUGGCACAAUCCUUCGGCGAUCUCGGUUUGAACAACUCUAUUGCUGGUCUAACCCAACACAAUCCCAACCUUUUGAGCCUCAGUCUGGUUGAUGCUCACAAGGCCGUGAUUGAAGAGGUUGGGAGACAUGGCAUCAUGAUGGUGCUUGAUAACCAGGUGAGCGAGCCUAUGUGGUGCUGCGCCAAUGAAGACGGCAAUGGCUUCUUCGGCGACAAGUAUUUUGACCCUAAAGAAUGGUUGCAAGGCCUAGCCACGGUUGCUAGUCUCUACAAAGAUACACCCAUGGUGGUGGGCAUAAGCUUGAGGAAUGAGCUGCGAGGGCCAUUGCAAGAUGAGGGUGUAUGGUACAAGAACAUAGAGAAGGGAGCAAGAACAGUACACAGGGCAAACCCAAAACUGCUAGUGAUCAUCUCAGGUUUGGACUACGAUCUUGAUUUCAGGUUACUAAAGAAAAAGCCAUUGGGGCUUCACAUGAUGAGGAAGAAGUUGGUUUACGAGACGCAUCGGUACGCGUUCUCGGAGGGGCAAUCGAAGAUGUGGAAGGCCGGGCCAUUGAACAAGGUUUGCUACAACAUCACACAGGAAAUGGAGGAGAAAGAAGGGUUCUUGAUAAGAGGGAAAGACGGCGCCCCUCUGUUUGUGAGUGAGUUUGGGAUCGACCAAACGGAAAUGAGUGAGGCCGACAACCUUCACUUGCCUUGUAUUCUUGCUUAUUUGGCUGAUAAAGAUUUGGAUUGGGCUGUUUGGGCUCUUCAAGGAAACUAUUACUUUAGGCAAGGCAAACGUGAUAUGGAGGAAACAUAUGGCAUGUUCAACGCCAAUUGGACUGCCCUUAGAAAUCCUACCUAUCACUCCAAACUAGAGUUUCUCCAAAAUAAACUCCAAGAUCCACGGUCGAGUGAAGCAACUUACUACCUGUUGUACCAUCCAUUGAGUGGGAAAUGUGCUCGAGUAGACAGCGGGCGGCUGCACAUGAGCGACUGCUUGGGCGCGAGCCGAUGGGCGCACGGGGCGGAUGGGAUGCCGAUAAGCUUGUUAGGAAUGUCGGCGUGUUUGACCGCCGAAAGGGAUGGACUUCCGGCUACCCUCUCCGGCCACUGCAUGAAUGAAGGGAGCACAUGGAACUUGGCUUCCAUGCUUCAGUUGGCUAACAAAGGAAACGAUGGGGUGGAGUUGUGCUUGGAUUAUGAUUCCUCGUACUCAUCGUCCUUGAUUUUGACGAGGAAGUGUGUUGGGUUGAAAGAGGGUGACAUGAGGAAUCCUCAAACUCAAUGGUUUAAGCUCAUUGCAUCCAAUGUCAAGUAGCUAUAGAUAGAAUUUAGAAUUUAGAAUUUAGAAUUUUAGUUUAGGUUUAGACUAGCUAGAU